AUGAGCAAUCCCCAAGAUGAAUUGUGUCCACCUCCAUCGGAAGAUGAUGAAUUAACAUUACCACGUGCCAGCAUCAACAAAAUAAUCAAAGAAUUGGUUCCGUCUGUACGUGUCGCCAACGAAAGUCGAGAACUUCUACUGAAUUGUUGUUCGGAAUUUAUACAUCUUAUUAGUUCCGAAGCCAAUGAAGUGUGUAAUGUUCGAAAUAAGAAAACAAUAAAUGCUGAACAUGUUCUCGAAGCAUUGGAUCGCUUGGGAUUCAAAGAUUAUAAACAAGAAGCUGAAGCAGUGCUGAACGAUUGUAAAGAAGUUGCAGCAAAACGUCGUCGCCAGAGUACGCGUCUUGAAAAUUUGGGCAUACCCGAGGAGGAGUUACUGAGACAACAGCAAGAACUAUUUGCAAAGGCACGCGAAGAACAAGCUCAAGAGGAGCAGCAGCAAUGGAUGAGUCUGCAAGCAUCGUCGGUACAACAAAGUCGAUCAAUGCACGAUGAUUAUGAUGAGGGGGACGAUGAUGAUUAUUAG